UCAUCUUCCCUUGUGGCUCUCCACUGUGCCUCUUCCGAAAUGAGGAGAUGAACCAAAAGAACGUACAGAGUAAUAUCUACUUCAAGGCACCUAUCGCCACCACCAACAACUGUACUCGCUUCCAUUUACAGGAAAUAAGACAACCCAAUCACUGCACCGCCCAUGAAUCCAGAACCAUUACGCUGCCCACAUGGUUCCGUGCACCCACCCCUCCCCUCCCCCCGCCCCCCUUUCUGAUAGCAUAACACAUCCGGUGUAUAUUCAGGCGGGUGGGAGCCUGCCUCCGCAAACUCAUCAAAGCCAUGGCGUGCAAGGGAGACGGAGCAGAGGCCAGGAGUGUCCGCACGAACUUCAACUGGUUGUCGUCGUCCUCCGAAGCGGCCAUGGAGAUAUCCAGCCAGCUGAAGGAAGUGUUCCGGCUCAUCGACUCCAACGGCGACGGGAAGAUAUCUCCUCCGGAGCUCUGUGACUUGCUGCUGUGCAUGGGACACGAGCGGGCCACGGCCGCGCGGGAGGCUGAGGUGAUGGUGCGAGAGGCAGACUGCAACGGGGAUGGCUUCAUUGACCUCGACGAGUUCAUGGAGGCCGUCGGCGGAGGAGGGAGCGGAAGCGGCGGCGAUAUGUCCGGUAGCAGAGAGGAGCUGAUGGAAGCCUUCCGGGUGUUCGACGUCGACGGGAACGGGUUCAUCUCCGCCGAGGAUCUAAGGAGGGUACUCGUCCGUUUGGGCCACGGCAAGUGCAGCCUCCGGGAGUGCCGGCUCAUGAUCAGAGGCGUCGAUAGGAACGGCGACGGCCUCGUGGACUUCGACGAGUUCUGGUCCAUGAUGACCGCCGGCGCAUGUUGGAAAGUGUGUAAUUGAUAUAGGAAAUUUGCAGCUACUAGUUUAGCAAGGCAAGUCGUAGCUAGAAGUCUACAAAAGAAAGGAUGAAAGGGAAGCAAGUCUUCUUUGAUGAAUUGGUCAAUCCAGGUGUGUCCUCUUCUUCUUGUGUAUUUUUUGGGCUGGCGUUGCAAUCCGGAGAAAACAAGCAAGGAUAUGUCAGCAUCACUCACAAGGAGGUAGUCUGCUGCCAAUCUAGUUUGUUCGACUUUUGCAUCCACUAGAUUAUGAGCCAGUAGUUCUAUAGA